AUGCGAGGCACAGCUAUCCUCAGAGCUGUUAUGAUCUCCAUGGCUAUGGCUAUGUUAGAUUUGGAUGCUGUAAGCAAUGAAUGCUUGUUUUACUGUGAGGAAUCUGGACACACAGCUAGGAUCUACCCAAGAAAGUUUGUUUGGAAUCCAGUGCGAACCCAGCAACAAGGUCGAGUUUUUGCUAUGACUGUUGAUGAUGCUAUGCAAUCAGACGCCCUUAUCCAAGGUCAGUGUUAUGUCAAGAAUUGGUUUCUAACUGUAUUGUAUGAUUCGGGUGCAUUGCAUUCCUUUAUUUCUUUAACUGUUGCUCGUGAGUUGGGACUAGAUUUUUCUGAGUUGAAAUUUGAUCUAAUUGUCCAUACACCUGCAUCCCAAAAUGCUUUGACCAGUUUAGCGUGCCUGCAAGUACCAUUCACUAUUAGGAACAGAACUUUUAUACAUGAUCUAAUCUGUUUGCCUCUAUGUGGUUUAGAAGUUAUUCUAGGAUUAGAUUGGUUGUCCAAGCAUCAUGUUUUCCUUGAUUGCUUUAAAAGAAAUGCUGUUAUUCUGUCUUAUAGUUUAGAUAUUAAACCAUUUCUGUCAUAUACUUUAUAUCUGAGUUCUGCAAAACUUACCUUAGACGAGAGUGAUUGUGAGAGGUAUGUUCUGUUAGCGGCUAGCUCGAAUGACAGUGAACGAGAGAUAGACUUUAGCAUUGAACUAGUACCUGGAACCGGACCGAUUUCCAUAGCACCGUACUGGAUGUCACCACUGGAACUUGCGAAAUUAAAGAAGCAGUUGGAUAAGCUACUUGGAAAGAAAUUUAUUCGUCCCAGUGCAUCACCUUGGGGAGCUCCAGUAUUGCUAUUAAAGAAGAAGGAUGGUGGAAUGAGACUUUGA